AAAAAUAAUUAUAAUUAGAAAAUGUGUAAAAAAAAAGUGGUGUUUAAGACAGAGUACGAGUAGGAAUUAUCUUAUUUAAAUUAUUCCGGACAGAGUGAGAGUCAGAUUCGGAAUUCGGAAAUUUGAAACGGGAUCGACGCCCAUUCAAUUGUGGACUCCACUCUUCUUCUUAUUCAUCUCUUCACUGUCACUCACACAGUACUCAACCACUUCUACUUCCCACUGUCACUGAUUCAUAAAACCCUAUUUUCUUUGGAGCAAAGAUUUUAGGGUUGGCUCUGAUGGAUUGAGCUGAGGGAGCUCGUAGUUUGAAGAAAUGGAAGGGGGGAGAAGAAUUACGGUGAGCCCUCGACCUUGCUGCGGCCGCAGGGUCGUUGCUAAGAAGAGACCGCGCGCAGUGGAUGGCUUCGUCAACAGCGUGAAGAAACUUCAAAGGCGUGAAAUCAGCUCCAAGCGUGAUCGCGCUUUCACCAUGAGCGAUGCUCAAGAGAGAUUCCGGAAUAUUCGUUUGCAGGAAGAAUAUGAUACACAUGAUCCAAAAGGUCCUUCAUCUGUAGUAUUGCCGUUUCUGAGAAAAAGAUCAAAGAUUAUUGAGAUUGUAGCAGCACGAGAUAUUGUUUUUGCCCUUGCACAAUCUGGUGUUUGUGCAGCAUUUAGCCGAGAGACCAAUCAAAGGAUAUGUUUUUUGAAUGUCAGUCCGGAUGAAGUUAUAAGAAGUCUGUUUUAUAACAAAAAUAAUGACUCCCUUAUCACAGUUUCUGUAUAUGCUUCAGACAGUUACAGUUCUUUGAAAUGCAGAAGCACAAGGAUUGAAUACAUAAGGAGGGCUAAACCAGAUGCUGGCUUUGCUCUUUUUGAAUCCGAAUCUCUGAAGUGGCCAGGUUUUGUAGAGUUUGAUGAUGUAAAUGGGAAGGUACUAACGUACUCUGCCCAAGAUAGCAUAUACAAGGUAUUUGACCUGAAGAACUACACGAUGCUGUACUCCAUUUCUGAUAAGAAUGUCCAAGAGAUUAAGAUCAGUCCGGGAAUCAUGCUGUUGAUUUAUGCCAAAGCAAGUAGCUACGUGUCACUUAAAAUCCUUUCAAUAGAAGAUGGUACUGUUUUGAAGUCAUUCAACCAUCUUCUUUAUCGGAAUAAGAAGGUGGAUUUUAUUGAACAGUUUAAUGAAAAGCUACUUGUCAAGCAAGAGAAUGAGAACCUCCAAAUUCUUGAUGUGCGGACUUUUGAGCUAACAGAAGUUAGCAGAAGUGAAUUUAUGACACCAUCUGCAUUUAUCUUUCUGUAUGAGAACCAAUUAUUCCUAACAUUUCGAAAUCGGACUGUGGCUGUGUGGAACUUCCGUGGAGAGCUUGUAACUUCUUUUGAGGAUCACCUCUUGUGGCAUCCUGACUGCAAUACAAACAAUAUAUAUAUAACCAGUGACCAGGAUCUUAUCAUAUCCUACUGUAAAGCUGAUUCUGAUGAUUCAUUGUCUGAAGGAAAUGCUGGUUCCAUCAAUGUCAGCAACAUUUUAACUGGCAAGUGUCUUGCCAAAAUAAGAGCAAGCAACAGCUUUCCAACGGAGAAUAAUUGCAGUUGCAGUGACAAUUCUUCUGGUAGCAGUUGUUGUAAUUCAAGGAAGCGAAAGCAUGCCUCCAAAAUGAGAAGCACAGUUGCAGAAGCCUUGGAAGAUAUUACUGCUCUCUUCUAUGACGAAGAGCGCAAUGAGAUCUAUACAGGCAAUAGGCAUGGUCUAGUUCAUGUCUGGUCUAACUGAUAUAUUGUCCGACUUUACUGUUGCCCUGUGUUUAUUAUUGGCUUUUCUUAAUGGGUACGAUGAUUGUCCUGGUAUGCAAUGAAAACUUUCGAGGGCUGUAACCAUAAGUGGUCUUGUAUCAUUCAUUUUUUUUUCUUGUCAUCUACGCCUUAGGCGAGUGUGUUCUGUAGUUGUAACAGAUUUGUAUGAAGUCAUAUUCUAUGCUGGUCACUCGCCAGGUGUAGCUUCUGCUGUAAUCUAUAUUUUACAUUAAUGGAGCGGCUUCGAUGGAGUGAAAUAUGUGCAUAGUGCCAACUCUCUUCCCUGCCCAUCUCUUACUUUUUCUCCUUUUGCCCCUUGUGGCAUAUUGUGGAUAAUUCGUUUGCACAUCACAUGGAUUGUGAGGGCCGGGAUGCCAAAUAAGUGGUGAAGGUACAAAAGUAAUCAAUUAUCAGUAGAGUGUUAGCUUUACGAUUUGCCAACCUUUCCUUCCCAAGUUUCUGCCACUCCAAUCAAUUCACUUUUUUGUUCUAUUCUAUCCCACUUUACCUAUGGCUUCUUUUCUGCCAGCUACCAUCUAGUCUCGGCAAAAGCUGACACACAAACUUUGCC